CAGUCAGCAAAUACUUGUAUUAAAACUUUAGUUUUGAAAAAAAAAAAUAAAAUUCAAAACAAAUUUUUGUUUUGUUUUAGGAGGUAAUCCAGUAUAUUUUGACAUGAAAGACCAUGGUUUGGGAGGACCAUCACCCAAGGGGUCAAAGUUCACAUCCAACAUGUCUUGUGUUUCCUGUGGCCUGUGCUUUUCUUGUGUGGCAGAUUUACAAAGUCAUUCCUGUGAACAGGCAUUGAGAGUUCUAGAGCACGAAAUUCAAUCUUCAAAAUCAAGCUUGAGUACAAAGGAACUUCAUUGUGAGUCCUGUAAAAUGUUUUUUGAGGACAAAACUGGGAAGGAACAACAUGAUUUUGUAUUUCAUAGCCAUAUGGGAAACAGCAGUGGGAUUGAUGAGGUGUUUAAUGUGUGUAGUUUAUGUGGUAAAGAGUACCACUCUCAAGAAGCAUUUCGGCUUCACAUGUUGUGUCAUCAGCCCUCUGACAGCUCCAAUAAUCCUAAACAAACCUUGCAGUGCAAGUAUUGUGGAAAGGUCUUUCAGUUCUUUUCCUAUCUGGAACGACACAUGCACCGCCACUCGUUUGAAAAACAAAAAGUGUGCGAUUAUUGUGGGAAGUCUUACAAACAUCAGUCGGACCUUAAUCGUCACAAACGCAAAAAUUGUGUAGUAGCAGCCAUGUCAGGCAUAGAAACAAUUUCAUAAAAAAAAGGGAAGCUAAUGCAGGUGUAUAUAGUUCCUUAUACCUAAACUAAAACAAACAACAAAAAAGCACAGCGAGUUGUAAGGUAUCAUGGGUAUCUUAGAUCAGAAAGAUAUCGUAAGACAUUCGACUCUUCUACAUUGUAGUUAUGACUUUGUAAGUAUUACCAGGAUUUUAGUGGGAAUGGCUAAAAUAAAUGGAAUAAGAAGAGACCAGGUUUGUUGAGAUAUGUGAUCAUUUAGGUUUCCAAACAUUGAAGAAGUAUUUCAAUUUUAAACAGAAAAUUUUAUUUCA